UGGAUUAUUAGCGGAUGGUCGUCAUCUCGCUUCACGCGCAUUUGAUGAGGCAUUGAACUAUCGAGAAACCUAUCGUGCACCCACUACUCUCAAAGCCCUCACAAGGAAUUCGAGCUGGAAUUAUCCUGGAUCGGCCCUGAAACAAAUGGGUUGCGCCUCCCUGUACCAAAAGACCUGUAUGAAGAGGCGGAUAAGAGAGGGCGGGAUGCCUUGGAUGCUGACAUGGAGGAUUGACACUGGAAUCCAUUGAUGCCGACUGCCGGCCUCUACAUAUCUCUGCAGACCUAUUCUACCUACUUCCCUCAAGUCUCUCAUUAACUCACGGUGGUUAACGAUGCAGGCUACAAAGGACGAUCCUAGCGAAGGUUCGGCGAAGCCAGAUGCCUAUCUGGAGCAAGUUUCGGAUGGCAUUUCGGCUAUAACGUUAGAUCGACCGAAACGGAAGAACGCAAUUUCUGUAAAACUCUUGAGCGAGUUGAGGGCUUCGAUCGAGCAAGCGAGUGAAGCUAGAGGUCUGCGCGUCCUCAUUAUUCGCUCAUCUGAGCGUGGGUCCUUCUGCGCUGGGGCGGAUCUCAUUGAGCGACGCACAAUGUCUCCGGCCGCUGUUACCCUCUUCCUCCAAACUCUCCGUUCCACUCUCACCCUCCUGCAGGACUUCCGGAUGCCAACAAUUGCAGCUAUCGAUGGACCCUGUCUUGGUGGUGGACUGGAGCUUGCAUUUGCAUGUGAUUUUCGUGUGGCGGGGAGCGAGGCGAAGAAGGUUGGAUUGACGGAAACGAAGCUUGGAAUCAUACCUGGUGCCGGAGGUACGCAGAGAGCCACUCGACUCCUGGGAAUCACGAAAGCGAAAGAGUUGAUAUUCACGGGGAGAAUGAUGGACGCGAAUGCUGCGCUUGCGUUCGGGCUGGUCGACUAUGUGGCUGAUCCGUCAAGUACGGCCUUCGAUCGAGCGAUGGAACUAGCUCAAGAAAUCUCAACAUCCGCACCCCUUGCCCUCCGUGCAGCAAAAAUGGCGAUCUCUCGUGCGGACCAAGUUGAUUUGGAAACCGGACUGGACUUUGAGCAAGCAUGUUAUGCACCAUUGUUACGAAGCAAAGAUCGAGAUGAGGCGCUCGAGGCAUUCAGAGAGAAGAGGAAGCCAGUGUUUAAAGGGGAGUAAAUACACGGCUUUGGCGAAUGGUCACAUUGUUAAUGUCCGAGUCCUCCCCUCAAUAUCCAAGGCUGAAAGUGUGCAGGAUCCCAGCACGCAGCAUGCAGUUCGUUUUGUCGUUUCUGCUGCCUGACACACAUUUCUAUAAUUUUUUAUUUGAGGGGAAUAUGCCGCGCCGUGUAGAAUGUUCUAGUACUGAGGUAAAGAUCGCGGAAUUUCCAUCCCACCAAAACGCUAGAGCUUUUUGAUCCAUGUCCUCUCAAGUUCCAUUCUUUUCACAAACAGGAUGCUAGAAGCUAGUAAAUGACAUCAAUAUUAAACGUACAAUAAGUC